AUGACUGAGGCCAGUAUUUCAGUAGAUCAGCUUUCUGUGGACCAGUUCAUGUGUCCAGUGUGUCUGGAUCUCCUGAAGGAUCCGGUGACUAUCCUCUGUGGUCACAGUUUCUGUAAGGUGUGUAUUAAUGGCUGCUGGGAUCAGGAGGAUCAGAAGGGCAUCUACAGCUGUCCUCAGUGCAGAGACACUUUCACGACAAGGCCUGUUCUACGCAGAAACAACAUGCUGGAUGAAGUGGUGGAGAAACUGAAGAAGACUGAAGUCCAAGCUGCUUGUCCUGCUCACUGUUAUGCUGGACCUGGAGAUGUGGAGUGUGAUUUCUGCACCGGGAGAAAACACAAAGCCGUCAAGUCCUGUCUGAUUUGUUUAACUUCAUUUUGUGAAAUUCAUCUGAAACCUCAUCUUGAAGUUCCUGCUUUGAAAAAACACACAUUAAUUGAAGCCUCAGCAAAACUCCAGGAGAAGAUCUGCUCUGAACAUAACAAGCUGAUUGAGAUCUACUGUCGUACUGAUCAAACCUGCAUCUGUUAUUUGUGUACGAUGGAUCAUCACAAAGGUCACGACACCGUCACAGCCGCAGCAGAAAGAGCUGAGAAACAGGUUUUAGCUUCUGGACGUCGCUCUCCUCUCUUCCCAAGACCAGAUUUUCACACAUCCAGCGUCACUGUCCAUCAACAUCUCUCAUUUGAUGGAGUGAGGAAUUCUCUCUCAGAUCUGAAAAAGAGACUCGAGGAAUUCUGUGAGGAGGAAUUCAACAAAAUCCCUCCACAUGCUGCAGCAGUUCAGAUCAUUUCAGGACCAGAACCACAGAGCAGAGAAGAGUUUCUGAAAUAUUUCUGUUAUCUGACUCUGGAUCCCAACACGGCACAUCGUCUCCUCAUUCUGUCUGAGAAGAACAGAGCGGUGAGAUGGAGUGAGAGAGAGCAGCGUUACUCUGAUCAUCCAGAGAGAUUUGAUUACUGGCGGCAGGUGUUGUGUAAGGAGAGUGUGUGUGGACGCUGUUACUGGGAGGUGGAGUGGAGCGGUGAUGAUGUUGUGUACAUAUCAGUCUCAUAUAAAGACAUCAGAAGGAAAGGACAGGGUGAUGAGUGUCGGUUUGGAUUCAACAAUCAGUCCUGGAUUCUGCGGUGUUCUUCUUCUUCUCUCUUUUUCUGGCACAACAGCAUUAAGACUGAUCUCAGAGUUCCAUCUCCCUCCAGAAUAGGAGUGUAUGUGGAUCACAGUGCAGGAACUCUGUCCUUCUACAGCGUCUCUGACACGAUGAAGCUCCUCCACAGAGUCCACACCACAUUCACUCAGACUCUAUACGCUGGGUUUGGGUUCGGGCUCUGGUUUCCUGGUUCAGUGAGAUUGUGUGAUCCAGAAUAAAAGUGUGUAGUGUUUUCUGUAAAAUUCCUGCACGUUGCCACGUUGUUGCUCAGUCGUCUGUUUCACUAGAACACAAUCCAGCUGCACAAAAACACUCAUUUUAAUAUUUAGAUUAUAAAAUAUGCCGAUGUCGUGUUCAUCCCAUAUUCAGCCUGGAUGAUGAUUGGCCCGCAGAUAGAACCUUAUAAAUCCAGGUUUAUCUGUGAGUUUGGGAUUUUUAUUCAAAUUAUUUGGAUAAAAAUAAGGCCAAAUGUGCGGUCGGCGCUGAUCCGAGGAGAAUUAAAAUGACGGGUGGUUGGGUAGAGAUUGGGUUAUAACACUGAUGUGUUGCAACACCAUCAACUAUCAGUAGGGUUUAUUUAACUUUUUUGUUUUUGAGCCAUGCUUUGUGUCGUUCA